UUCUAUUUAAAUAUAUUAUUCAAACUAACAUUUAGAUAUCUUUUUCAACCUUAUAAUCAAAGAAGAGAACAUGUUAUUUCUAAUCAAAUCUAAUAUACUGCUAACUUGUUUUAUAUACCUGUACAAUGUUUGGAAUAAUAAAUGUAAAUGUUUAUCCAAAUUCUCUUCUCUCUUGUAUAUAUCUACAAACCCAUCACUUGUCUAGGACAGUCAAAGCUUAAACAAACCAUUCCAACUUCAUUUCUACACACGAAAAACAUCCAUGGCUUCAUCAAAUUCCAACACAGAAACCAUACAAGAAAUCAUGGCAACAUACAAAUCACUUCCACCAAGACCUGCCAUUGAAGAGCUUGAAGCAGCCAUAUCUGUCAUCAAAACAGUCAACACCGAAGAAAAACAGAAACUUGAUCAAAUUUCCAUACAAAUCUGCCCACAAGAUGUCUCACCACAGCUCUUCUCUGUCCUCCAAGAGAUCCGACAAACCAUGGUCUUGUUUCAGAGCCACGAACAGAGGAAAGAAGCUCUGCAUAUUCUUAACGUUGAUCAGACUUAUCAAACCUUUGACGAGUUGAUACAGAAAGCUUCCAAGUGUGUUUUGGGAGAUACCCAGUUGGAUAAAGACGAUGAUUUGAAAUACCCAAUUGGUAAUUUUCAAAAACAACCACCGAUAAGUGAUGAAAGUUUGUUGAUUUCCAACAAGAUCAGUAAAGUCGAAAGUUUUAAGGGUUUAGUCAUGAGUUCUUCAACAAAAGCCACCAAUUUACCCUCAGGAGUAGAAGAAUCUGAAAAACUUAGCAUGAUGAAAGUAGCAGCCUUGAUUGAAACGAUAGCCAAACAAGAUGGAAAAGUUCUUGAUCUUCAAUCCAAAUUGAUGGAAAACAUCGAAUGGCUUCCUGUAUCUCUUGGAAAACUAUCAAACAUCACUGAACUUAAUCUAUCAGACAACAAAAUCAUGGCUCUCCCACAAUCCAUCACCAAUCUUACAUCCCUAACAAGGCUUGAUGUUCACUCAAACCAACUCAUCAACCUUCCCGAUUCGUUUGGUGGACUUGUCAACUUGCUCGAUCUUGAUCUCCAUGCAAACCGAUUGAAAUCUCUCCCAGAAUCAUUCGGGGAGUUAAACUCUUUGCAAAUCUUGAUUGCUGAAACAAAUGAUCUUGAAGAACUUCCUUACACAAUCGGAUCAUGUUCUUCGCUCGUGGUGCUGAAACUAGACUUUAAUCAGCUAAAAGGGCUUCCUGAAGCAAUUGGAAAGCUAGAGUGCUUGGAGAUUCUUUCUUUGCAUUAUAACCGGAUUCGAAAGCUUCCUACAACAAUGGCGAAUCUCACUAGAUUAAAGGAGCUUGAUGCAAGUUUCAAUGAACUCGAAGGGAUACCCGAAAGUCUUUGUUUCGCGACCAGUUUGGAGAAACUUAUCAUUGGUAAAAAUUUUGCUGACAUGACAACUUUACCAAGAUCGAUUGGUAAUCUUGAAAAUCUUCAAGUUCUUGAUAUAAGUGAUGAUCAGAUAAGAUUUUUACCCGAAUCUUUCGGGUUGUUGUCGAAGUUGAAAAUAUUCCGAGCUGAUGAGACACCUCUUGAGGUUCCUCCAAGGGAAAUCACCAAGUUAGGGGCUCAGGUGGUUGUCGAAUACAUGGCUGAUUUAGUUGCCAAGAGAAAUGUCACGCCUCACGAAAUAAAGAGAAAGCGCAAAGGAUUUUGGUCAUGGAUUUGCAUGCUCUUUUCAGGCUAAUCAUUUUGUAAGAUUUGAAGGAAAGUCGUUGUACAUAAUCUUUUUGUCAUUUUACACAUAUUUCGUAAAGGUUGUACCAAAUGAACUCCAUUAAAGGUACAUAUGUAUUGGGUCCCACCAUAUGUGUAUUUAAAAGUACAUUUUUAUAUGUAUAGUCCUAUGUUACAUAGGUUACAUGGUUGAAUUCGUCAAUAACUAGGAUAAGCAUUGCAUUGAUGGCUACUGUAUGAUAGUGAUUAGAUUUGUUGGUGUAGUUGAUCUUAUCCAUAAAUAAUAAACAAUAGUUAUUAAUAAAAUUAGGUGUAAAACUUAUAUAUUAU